CGUCAACACGCCAGGCGCGUGCUCGGCUUCUUGGCCACAACAAGCAACUGCCACAACACGCAAAAAACCAAAAUGGUGGAGAAGAUGAAAGGUGUGUCUGUGUGCUUGUUGGUGGUGCUGGUGGUGGUGUUGGUGUGCGCGUUGGCGGCAUCGGUUGUUGUGGCAGCCCCCGUGACGGAAAGCAGCAGUAGCAGCAGUAACAGCAGUAGGAGAAGGCGCCACGCUGAAAGCUUCACGGCACAGGAGUGCGCGGCGCGCGGUGCCAAAGUGAGCAGCGACAACGCGCAUUGUGUGUGCGAGACGGGGUGGACAUGCGUUGGCAGUGCCUGCGAGCACGGAACAACGGAUGCACAGCAGCGUGUAUCUGGUUGGCUGCUACGUGCAUGCACAGACUGCGUGUGCACGUCUCCUGAAGACGACCAGCGAGGCGACACCGCCGCCUCUGCGUCGUCGUCGUCGUCGUCAUCGUCGUCAUCAUCAUUCACGCGAACCGAGAACCAGCAGACGAGUCUGCAGAUGAGCAUGGAGGAGGUGGAUCGCCUCACUGCUCCGGUGGACUGGCGCAGCGCCAUGCUGCCCGUCGCCUUCCUCAAGUUCCACAAGGUUGGCUCGACGACGGUGUCGCUGGUGUUGGAGCGACUGGCUGAGCUCAGCGGAAAGAAGCUGUGUGGACGCGCAGAGGCCUUCUUCGACAGUCUCCCUUGCCAAGUGUGGACGACACACGACACGGAGUUGGUGAUGGGCGUGGGCGGGGCGCACGGUCUUCGCUUCUUUGUCGGCAGCCAUGCCGUUGCCGUCACCGUCAUGCGUAAUCCAAUUGACAGGUUGAUGUCGCGGUACUAUUAUGACAAGGUGCUGGAGGGCGACUCCACCAACACCAUCCCGAGCCACAGCGAGCUCAGGCAGUGGCUCGACGACAACGAGCAGGAGAAGGAUCACUACACGCGCGUGUUGUCACGAGGAACCAUGGACGUGGAGGAUGCAAAGGAAGAACUCAAGGACAUUGACGUCGUUGGGGUGACAGACAAGAUGGAUGAACUGCUGGUGCUGCUUGCCUUUCGCAUGCGCGUGCCGCUCCAGCACCUCACUUACAAGCGACAGAAGGUGGUUGAGGGACGGCCGAGGAUGAACCAGCUGCCGCCAGAUCUCCUUGCACUGCUGGAGCAGAGCUGUCUUCGCGAUAUGGAACUCUACCGCGCUGCGCAGACCAUGAACAGAGCAGCAAUCGACAAGAUACCGGAGUUUGAGAAAGCGAGAAGCGUGUUUGCGUCGCUGCAAGCGCGUGUGGAUCAAAAGUGCACGUAUUCUCAAACAGACUCCAAGGUGUUGACGGGUCUGGACUGUUACAAGCUUGCUUGACGACUUGGCGAUGAACACAUGGUUAUGCAUAAAACACUGACCAAGA